CUUCUGCCGAGGACAUAUCGCUGUAAAUGCUGCAUGGCCAAUGCAGACAUCGGAUUGACCAUGCAGAGUUUGGCUAAAACGCUACAAGGAAGCAGCCACGCAAAACGGUCUUGAGUGGCAACAAAUCUGCCCAAUUAGCUGUUAGAUUUACGCUUUUGUUGAUCCUCCCGCUUAUUUCGCAACGCCCACUUUCAGACACGCUCAAUGUAUGCAGUUUACCCAUGACUCCUAGCAGGCAAACUUGGUGCAUAGGCCACAGCACCACCCGAGUGAUACUGCCAAGCAAACUGUGACUACAUGGUAUUUGGUGAGACGAUCCUAUCAGAUCUUGUCCACCACACCACCAGCGGGAGAACCUUACCUGGGACAACACAUCAGAAUCCUAGAAUCUCCCCCUUCACUUUGGGCCAAAAGUGGUCCUCCUUUUGACCGAAUCAUCAAAAGAUUCCUUUCAAGUGCUACAGGAGGAUACUCCAGAGACAAUGGCUGAUAUUGAGAGGGACAAUCAACACACAGAUAUACUGCAGGUGCAAAUUAAACAGGAGGACGGAGAAGAGCCUCACGAUACAGAGGACCGUCUCAAGAGUUCAAAUACCGGAGAACAGAAGCCUUGUCACAUCUGCCCUGAUUGUGGUAAAAGUUAUACCCGUUCGGAUAAUCUUAAAACACACCAGAAAAUUCAUAUGACAGAGAGGCCGUACCUCUGCUCUGAGUGUGGUAAAGGUUUUACCCGCACAGAUCAUCUGAAAUCACACCUGAAAACACAUGAAAGAAAGAAGAAGAAACUUAAACACCCCUGUACUGAUUGUGUGAAAGGCUUUGUCCAUUUGGAGCAGCUUGAAAAACAUCUGGAAAAAAAUCACCUUACACACAAGGAAAAGAAACCUCACGGCUGUCCAAGGUGUGAUGAGAGCUUUUCUGACCUGGAAGAACUAACAACACACUUGCCAGUACAUACUGAAGAGCUGGCCCUCUACUGCUCUGACUGCGGUAAGCGGUUCUUACACAAAGGAAAAUUUGAAAGACACCAGAGAGUACACAGUGGACAAAUGCCAUACAUAUGCACCCACUGUGGGGAGGGUUUUACACAGGCACAUAGUUUGAAACAUCACCAGCGAAUACACACUGGAGAGAAACCCUACCUCUGCAACGAGUGUGGGGAGAGUUUCAGACACGAUGCAACGUACAGGAGACACAAGCGCAAACACGAGCUACCACUCUCUGAAAAGAAAGCCUAUCCUUGCUCAGUAUGUGGGAAGACUUUUACCCGCUCCGAUGGAGUGAUGAGGCAUCUGAGGAGGUUCCAUUACGGAGAGAGAGCUCUCCAGUGCUCCUGCUGCGACAAACGUUUCUUUCAACAGGACACACUAACCACACACAUGAGAAUUCACACUGGAGAGAAACCGUACAGUUGCUCUGACUGUGGGAGAAGCUUCUCACAAGAUGGCGACCGAAAGAAACACCAGAAGAGGCACCACACUGGAGAGGGCACUUCACCUCUGACCCUCCAUGUGGACGGCACAGGGACGCGCACACACACACUAUAACAGAGACAUACACACUAACAGACAGUAACAGGCAGACUCAAGACACAAAAACAGGCCAGUGGGUAAACCAGGUUGCAAUGAAGUUAUUCUGACAGCUUUGGCUUUAUUUUUUGUGUUUGUGUGUGAUAACAUGUAUUUCUCUCUCUCGUUUAAGUUCAUUGGCAAGGCUAAUUUUAGCCCAACUUCUCACUGUUUGUAAGAUGCUUACUGCUCAUUGCAGCUACUUAAGUGAUCAUCACCUACUCCAUUACUCUAUUACCCCUCUAUUCAUCCCCCCACUCCAUUACUGUUACCCCUCUAUUCAUCCCCCACUCUGUUACUCUGUUACCCCUCUAUUCAUCCCCCCCACUCCAUUACUCUGUUACCCCUAUUCAUCCCCCACUCCGUUACUCUGUUACCCCUAUUCAUCCCCCACUCCGUUACUCAGUUAUCUCUCUCUUCAUCCCACCACUCCGUUACUGGGUUAUCUCUCUAUUCAUCCCCCACUCCGUUACUCUGUUACCCCUAUUCAUCCCCCGCUCCGUUACUGGGUUAUCUCUCUAUUCAUCCCCCACUCCGUUACUCUGUUACCCCUAUUCAUCCCCCGCUCCGUUACUGGGUUAUCUCUCUAUUCAUCCCGCCACUCCGUUACUCGGUUACUCCUCUAUUCAUCCCCCACUCCGUUACUCGGUUACCCCUCUAUUCAUCCCCCCACUCCGUUACUCUGUUACCCCUAUUCAUCCCCCACUCCAUUACUGUUACCCCUCUAUUCACCCCCAUUCGUUACUUUGUUACCCCUAUUCAUCCCCCCCACUCCGUUACUCCUCUAUUCAUCCCCCUACUCCGUUACUCGGUUACUCCUCUAUUUAUCCCCCCACUCCAUUACUCCUCUAUUCAUCCCCCUACUCCGUUACCCCUCUAUUCGUCCACCUCUCUACCACCUUUCUAUUCACCCUUUCUUCAUUGGUCUCCCCAUUCUCCUUCUCUCUACCCAAAUUAAUCCACAAAAACAAUAUGUUUUUGUGGAUUCAUUUCUAUAUCGCUAAGCUCCUCCCCUUUCCCUGCAUCUCCCCCUGGCAGCCCCGCGUUAAACAGAUUACAGAGGAUUCUCUGCUAUUAACACGCUGUUGGGACUGUGGCCUAGCAGUGUAUUGUGGUGUCCAGCUUAGCCACACACACCAAACAGAUGAUACAGUAUGAGAGAGAGAACUACCUCACCACUGAUCUGGGUAGAGGGAAACAGGCAGCGACGUGAUCGGACAAAGGCGCAGCAGCAAAUCCUUCUUCUAUAGCCUCCAUCUUCUCAUCUUCUAACCUUAGCCUAUCUAUACUCCUCUCUACCUCAACCCAGCCCGCUGUCCCUUCCUCUGUCCCAGCCCUCUGUCCCAGCCCUGCCUCAACCUAGCCCUCUGUCCCAGCCCUGCCUCAACCUAGCCGUGCCUCAACCUAGCCCUCUGUCCCAGCCCUGCCUCAACCUAGCCCUGCCUCAACCUAGCCCUCUGUCCCAGCCCUGCCUCAACCUAGCCCUCUGUCCCAGCCCUGCCUCAACCUAGCCCUCUGUCCCAGCCCUGCCUCAACCCAGCCGUGCCUCAACCUAGCCCUCUGUCCCAGCCCUCUGUCCCAGCCCUGCCUCAGCCUAGCCCUCUGUCCCAGCCCUGCCUCAACCCAGCCGUGCCUCAACCUAGCCCUCUGUCCCAGCCCUCUGUCCCAGCCCUGCCUCAACCUAGCCCUCUGUCCCAGCCCUGCCCCAACCCAGCCCUCUGACCCAGCCUCUAUUCUACUUCAGCCCUCCUCCGGUACUCCCUGGAUCCUGAGUGAGCCUCCACUCCCCCCUGCCCCUCAUGGCAGGUAUCAUGGACCCUGAGGAUACAAUUGUAACAGAGCCCAAGGAUGAGGAUAUCCAACCUGAGGAUAGAAUUGAAACAGAACUGGAGGAUAGAAUUUUAAUGGAACCUGAGGAUAGAAUCGGAACAGAACUGGAGGAUGGAAUUCUAAUGGAACCUGAGGAUAGAAUCGGAACAGAAAAGGAGGAUAGAAUUCUAAUGGAACCUGAGGAUAGAAUCGGAACAGAACUGGAGGAUAGUGUUAAUUUAUCCAGAAGGUUCUGAUGCUGAGGAGCCAGAUGGGAUUCUCUUUGAGCCAGAGGAGCAACAAGCGGGAGAUGAGGAGGAUGAUAACAUCUUUGCCACAUGGAUGGGCCGCUACAAGAAAGCAGCAGAACAGGAGGACAAGGAUAAAGAGGUGGAGAAAAGAGAGGCAGUGAUAGAGGAGAGGAAGAACAGCUUCGAACGACAAGCUCCACCACGGGCAGACCGGCGGCAAUCACUACCCUGUCCAGCUCAACUCACAGCAAUGAUACAGUUGUCUCGUCUCCAUACCACUACUAGGGCCACGUCUCCUGCCAGGCCAAACUCCCUGCAAUGCAUCUCAUCCAUGAAUGAUCCUGGCUGCCCGAUACCAGCCAAUACUGAGCGACGAUCCUCCAUGAUUCCAUCCGCCAUUCCAGAUUAAAAUGCAAACGCGGUUCCGCAGGCGGAACGUCAUGUCUCUGGUACGCUGGCGGUGUGUGUGAUGGUCAGAGCGACGCUGAUUGUGUGGGUCUCAUCUGCCAUGAUGACCUGCACAGAGGAGGGAGUGUUUCUCUCUCACACACUUUCUCUCCCUCUCCCUGAAGUGUAUAUAGGAGUGGCUGUGGAGGAAGCAGGUGUGUUGUGUGCAGGUGGUGCUCUUGCCAGAACCACUCUACUGGAGCUCCACUUGGGUUAAAGUACCCUGAGAACCACGUAGAACAGCCUAGAACUGGACAGAACCACCUAGAACUGGACCCAACCUCUCACAACUGCAUAUAGUUGGAAAGAACUGCCUAGACAGAACUACACCGAACCUGGAAGAACUACCCAGAACUGACGAGAACCGGUGAAGAACUGCAGAAAAACACUCAGAACUGCCUGGCGUUGUAAUGAACCUUGCAGAACUGCCUGGCGUUGUAAUGAACCUUGCAGAACUGCCUGGCGUUGUAAUGAACCUUGCAGAACUGCCUGGCGUUGUAAUGAACCUUGCAGAACUGCCUGCGUUGUAAUGAACCUUGCAGAACUGCCUAGCGUUGUAAUGAACCUUGCAGAACUGCCUGGCGUUGUAAUGAACCUUGCAGAACUGCCUAGCGUUGUAAUGAACCUUGCAGAACUGCCUAGCGUUGUAAUGAACCUUGCAGAACUGCCUGGCGUUGUAAUGAACCUUGCAGAACUGCCUGGCGUUGUAAUGAACCUUGCAGAACUGCCUGGCGUUGUAAUGAACCUUGCAGAACUGCCUAGCGUUGUAAUGAACCUUGCAGAACUGCCUAGCGUUGUAAUGAACCUUGCAGAACUGCCUAA